AUGGCGCCAACUGUUGAAAUAGCGAUCCCGAAUACCACCCUCUCAAACACCUCCCCGCCAUACACCGUCUACCAUAUCACCCUCCGCCUCCCGCUCCGCUCCUUCACGGUCCCCAAACGCUACUCGGACUUCGCAACCUUCCACAGCACCCUCAUCUCCCAAACGAAUGCCCCUCCACCAGCUCCCUUACCUUCAAAAACUUGGUUUUCGAAAACGGUCUCGAACGAACGAUUGCGCGAAGACCGCCGUCGCGGCCUAGAGGAGUACCUUCGCGCGAUCAAUGAGUCUGAAGAUGGGCGCUGGCGCACCUCGCCCGCAUGGCGUGCAUUCCUCAAUCUGCCCACCGCAGUCGCAUCAACGGGCAACGGAUCAACAAACACCUCCACCCGACUCCACGCCGCCAUCACAGACCCAGCCGCUACAAACGCACCCAUCACAGACCCGACGCUAUGGCUUGACUACUACCGCGACAUGAAGAACCACCUCCAUGAUGCACGACUACAAUUAUCUCGCAGAGACCAGGAGACAACCCCACAGAAGCAACACGAGAGCUCUGCACAGGCGAAGGGCAGUCUUGUCCGUGCGGGGACAAUGAUCACCACUCUGGACGAAGGACUGAAGAAUCUAGGGCGCGAUAAGAGCUCUGCAUUGUCCAGUCUCGGUGGAGGCGAGAUCCGCCGACGAAAAGACCUGCUCAUUAAUGCGCGCAAGGAAAAAGACGGUCUAGAGGAUCUCUUGCAUGCGAUGGCAACUAAGAGCCGGCUUGACCAUACUGUCGCAUCUAUCCAAGAUAAAGAAGCUUUGAUGAAUGCUGGGAAUGGCGCUGGGGAUGCGGCUAGUGGGCGUAGGACGCCGGCGCGAGCGGGUAGGGUCCUUGGUAAAGAGACGGAACGGACUCGAGAGCUUGAUAACGAUGGGGUGUUGCAGUUGCAGAGGCAGAUGAUGAAGAGUCAGGACGAUAAUGUGGAUGAGUUGAGGAAGAUCAUUAUUCGACAGAAGGAACUUGGCACGCAGAUUAAUGAGGAGCUCGAGGUGCAGAAUGAUCUGCUGAGGUUGGCGGAUGAGGAGGCUGAUAUAUUGAAAUCCAAGAUGGAUAUUGGAAGGAAGAGAAUCGGGAAGAUAUCUUGA